UCUAAGCUUCAUGACGCAAACUUGUUUCGUCGAUAUUAUUCAUCCUUGACUUAACAAAGAAUUCCCGCCCGAGAAAAGAAAUUCAUUAAACAUAUAUCCCGUCCCCAACUUUCCAAGUCAUGGCUGAUGACAACACUUCCAACGACCCAGCAGCCACCGAAGCUCCCAUCGGCCCAGUCGCCAUCUUCAAGAAACGAGGCGCAAAAGGGAAGGCAAACAUUAGAAAACGAGCAGCCACGCCACCCCCAGCUGACAGCGACAGCGAUGAUGACUAUACCUCAUCUGAAAAUGAAGCGGGCCAACGAGUAAAGAGGCGCAAGAAGAACACAGCAGUCGUAACAGCUUCGUCAAAAAACAACACAACACGGACCGACCAAAAUCACGGCGCCACCGUCUUCGAAGCUGAUCGCAGCGUACCAAUCACAAGCACAAACGAUGCAACCAAGCAGACCAAUUGGUUCGACGAAGAUGCGAACCUGCUAGGCAAGACGCGACCACUACCCAAGCCCAAAGACGAGGGAGAUGCUCCGGCACAACCAGACGGAACCUACAAAGGUCUAGCCAACCAGACCAAAUUCAUCCAAAGAAAUCCAGACGCGCCCAACCGGACAGUCGGACCCAUAAAAGCAGCCACGAACAUUCGAACCAUCACGGUGACCGACUUCGCGCCCGAUGUAUGUAAAGAUUACAAAAAGACCGGUUUCUGCGGUUUCGGAGACAACUGCAAGUUCCUCCACGCGCGCGAGGACUACAAGCAAGGCUGGCAACUAGACAGAGAAUGGGAUAACGUGACAAAGGGAAAGAAGAAUAUAGGCGGAAAGGCAGUAGCCGGCCGCGGGGCCAAAGCCGACGACGAUGACUUCGACGCGGCCGAGGAAGCUCUACUGGAGAAGAUCCCGUUCGCGUGUAUCAUAUGCAAGGGCCCGUACAAGGAACCCAUCGUGACGAGGUGCCAACACUACUUCUGCCUACCGUGCGCACUGCAGAGGUAUAGGAAGGAUCCGAGCUGUGCCAACUGCGGCGCGGGUACGGGGGGUGUUUUCAAUACUGCGAAGACGUUGAGCAAGUUGUUGGAGAAGAAGAAAGAUCGCCAAGUGAAGAAACGGCAGAAGGCUAUUGAGGCAGGGGAAGAGGUGCCUGAGGAAGAUGAGCUCGGACAGUGAGGACUUGGAUGUUGAUAGGCGGUUAGGACCGAGCUACCCAAGGCUAAGACAUGCCAGAUAUGUCGAGAUAAUAAUAUUAAGUUUGAAAGAUUCGACUACUCUAGUUUCCGCGUCAGGGACUUACCAUCUAUAUCCCACUGACGUCCAAAGCCUUGGCCACUCAAACUACUGUGUAGCUAGUAA